CUCAGGUUCCUUCUCUUCUACGCCAGGAUAGAAAUGAAAGCUAUUAGUUAAUCCUGUAGGCUCACUCUCCCUCUGCUGAAGUGUGUCAUUGUAGUAAUUUAAAUAAAAUCAGUGCUGCCUCUGCCUUUCUAACAUGCUGGUGUGCUCAGUUCACAGGUUAGUUACCUACAUCUUUGUCUACGAAGACCUGGUAUCCUUGACCUGUGGUGCUGUGAUCAUCUGGUAUUUUGCUGGCAGCUUUGAGAAGAACGUUGGCACUGUGAAGCACUGCUUCCUCACCGUUGCAUUUGCUGUCCUCUCUGCCCUCCUGUACCUCUUGCUCGAGACCAUUGUCUCGAGGGUGUCGGAGGUGGAAGAUGCCAAAGGAUUCAUGCCAGUAGCUUUUGCAACACUAGGUGUAUCCACCACCCGCUCGCGGAUGAAGAGGACGCUAGUUUUUGGGGUUAGAGUUCCCGUGGUGCUGGUGCCAUGGUUUAUGCUCUGCGUAGCAUGGUUUAUCCCCCGCUCUUCUCUCUUGAGUAACCUGAGUGGGCUUCUAACUGGGGAAGCCUAUGGUCUUGGCUACUGUUUCUGCUUGGAUUUUCCGGAGUCAGUGGGCUCCAAGCUAGACCGGGUGUUCCCUUUCAGUCUGCUGAAGAGGAUACCAGGGCUGAGAUACAUCCCAGGGUCCUUAGCGGAGAGAAGAGCCUUUGAAAACAGCAAGAUUAACCCUGCACCAGGCACCUACCCCACCCAAAGCUACUAUGGCUCUUCAUCUCCGUCUCUUCCCACUUUCCAGAUGCGGCACCCCAAUGCUCAGAGCCAUGGGUUUCAGCCCAGCUGUGCUCCGGGAUGUGGCCAUGCUCUGGGACACAAGGGAUCUCAGCACAGCCACACUGCAGGAUGCAGCCUCCCUUCUUCCCCCUACCAAGCCAGCAGUGCCUUCGGAGAGUGUUAUGUGCAGGCCCAUGCUGGAGCCUCAUCUGGACACUGCUGCCAGCUGGGCACAUUCCCUCCCCCUCAGCACAUGUGCCCGACUGAUCCACAGACUCCUGCAGGCCCCCUGGCUGGGGUUCAGCAAGCAUCAGGGUAUCCAGCAGCCACAGCAGCUCCCGUUUCAUCUGAAUUUUCAAGAGUCCAGGUGUACUGAUCCUCCAGAAAGCAGCAGGACUCGCAUACUGUGGCAGGACCAUUGUGUGAUGCUUACGCAGCAGUGCAUUGCUGGCAUCUGUGCUGUAUCUGGGGUGAGUAGUGGAAUGGGUUGGUAGCUCCACUGUAGGCCAUUCCUCUGCUCCCUGGCACAGGCUACUUUAAUUAUAUUUCUUCUAUAUAUUUUUUUUUUUUACUUUUUUAUAUUGCUGGGGGAUAGGGGCUCUAUCACCUCUGUGCGCUUCUCAUCCUUUCGGAGUCUUUUUUUCAUUGCUGUAUUUAGCAGCUGCCUUUUUCCAUGCUGCCACUAGAGCUGCAGUGCAUCAGCUCCCCAGCUCAAGCUAGGAACCUAAUUGUCAAAACACUGGACUAAUCUGGGGUUUAACCAGGCUGCAGCAAUAAAGACAUUUCCCAUUUACACUGAGGCUCUUAGCCUCCUGUCUUGUUUACAGGUGUGAUGUAGGACCCAAAAGAGUUUGAAAUCAUGAAAGCCUUAGUUUAUUAGAUUCAAUGCUCAUGGCACUUUCUUGAUUGAGAAGACAUGGCUCUACAGAUUAGAGCAAACAACUCCAAAAGUAAAUCAAAGCCUAAACAACAGUAAGUUUUAAUUCCUGGCUUAUAUUAGGAAAUUUCAUAUGGUACUCACAUGCACAGUGACAGUUCAAGUUUCUUUUUGAGCUUGUCGAUACAAGCACUGACCUGUGCCUUUGAGGUCAUGUUAACCACUGUUAAGUGCAUACUCACUACUCAUGUAAUUCUUUUCUAAAUUACUUUAAGAGAAAAGCAGCAAAAAAAUAGCCACACAGAAUCAAACAUGAUUGCUUUCUAUUAAAUGAUUAUCAGUUCCACCAGAUCUGCACCAACCUUGGAUCAAAGGCAGUCACACUUGGACACUUUUCCUCUAAUAGCAGCAUUCAUGCCUGGGCAGCGCUGGAAAUCUUUAGCUUUGUUCUGAUACAAUCUUGGUACUUGAAUGAGUACUGCGUGUUGUACUUUGUGUCUCUGGCUUCAUAGCUUCAGUUUUGAAUGAAUACUUCUGUUGGCAGAGCAGUACAAGUAUUUCGGUGAAGAACAGCUGCUCCCUUACAAUAUGUGGUAAGCCCAAACUUGUUGCCAUUAAAGUCUGGGAAGAAAGAAUCCAAAGAAUACAAAGUCUCUUGUAAAAAUUCACUGCUCGAUGAACUGCCCACAGGCCUAUUCCCAAUCCUACCCUAGCUCAGAAAUCCCAUUUGAAAUUGGCCAGAAUAGCCAAUUGAAGAAUUGGGUCUUAAAUUCAGAGCGAGUCAAGCAGCUGUUGCAGCAGCUUAAAGUUGUGUUACACUGUAAGGUUUAAGCAUUAGGGUGAAAGUAAACAGGUCAAAACCAUUGCCUUUGCCUAAAGCAGUGCAGCGAGCAAUGAGCAGCUGAAAACUCUUCAUAAAGAAAAAGAAUUAUUGUCCUAAUUUAGAAGGGUCCUCAAACCAGCAGAGGUACCUGCCGGUACUCUGAUCUGAGUUGUAUCAGGUAAGUGGAUAGGAGAGUACCCCAGUGGAUUCCAUACAUGUACAUUAUUAACCUUUAUCUAAAGGUGUUAAAAUUUGGAGGCUGGUAUGCUGGGGUUUCCCAUUUAAACGGGACAGAAAAAAGCCUGUUCCUUGAAUAUUCUUCUUGGGCAUUCACUUCUGUGCUCCGCAAGAGAACGUCCACUCUGCUCCCUCAGCAAAUCCCCCUGCC